GCCAUUGAUUGAGUAGUAGUGGCUGAAGAUACCUCGUUUUCUCUGAUCCGUGAUCAUCGACUAUAUCAGCCCUAUCACUAGUUCACCGAGUGCUAUUGCAGCUCGACAGCGCCACCUUCCCCACCAAUUGGUGUGUGGCGGUUUUCUAGACAAGAUGAUUGCCAUCGCAGGUCUGGGUGGGCAGUCACGUUUCCGAUCCGCUCAGGAACAGGAAUUUUUCAAAUAUGUUCCCAGUGACGAGUCCUCCUCCCGUUUCGCUCCUAUCGACCAAACCGACAAUACCACCUUCACGCCGGUGCCCUCUCGCGACUCUGCCUUGACAUCCUUCGCCCAGUUGGGUGCCUUCCGCUUAGGUACCCAGCAGGCGAUCAUCUCACUGUUCGAUAGGACAUACCAGCAUGUUUUGGCCGAGGCUACCCCCUCGUUGAGUCUCGUCGGUGGAAAAGUGGCGAACGAUCAGGAAUAUUUGCGACUAGGGUGUUGUGUCUUUCCGAAGGAGCGGGGGCUUUGCAACCUUGUGUCCGGCCUGCCAUCUUCGAAGCACUCGCACGAGGGCGUGGUGAUGGAUAAGAGUGCAGUGGUAAUAUCGGACAUAGCUCAUGACGACCCUUUCAGGUCGUCCCUCCUAGCUGCACUCUCCGACGUGCGCUUUUACGCAGGGGUGCCCAUCAUAAGCCCCAGAGGAUACACCAUCGGCGCUUACGCUGUGAUAGAUACACAGCCACGCCCAGCUGGCUUGGACCGGCAUUCGGUCCAAUUCAUGAAAGACAUGGCCGCAACGGUGAUGGGCCAUUUGGAAAUGCAGCGGUCCGAGCACAAAAACCGCCUGGCUGAACGGAUGAUCGUUGGCCUGGGCAGCUUCGUGGAAGGCAGAGCCACCCUCCGCGACUCCUGGUACGAAGCUACCGCACAGCAAAAGGCAUCGGAUCAUUCGGGACAGAAAGUGGAAGGACAGUUAAACAUGCGCCAGCAGGGCCUGCAAGAAGCCGCAAAGGGCGGUGUUCCAGUCUCAGCGUCUCAUCAUGACUCUGCGAGAAAGUCUCGGGAUGCCCAUCGCCAGGGUUCUUCUGGCGAUCGAAACAUAUCCCCAAGUCCCGAGCAGCGCCACGAGACCACGGCGCCAUCCCCCCCCAAUGAACCAAUUCGGGCCCGGUUCACCGGUGACCCUCCACAGGAGGACUCGUUGACAGGAAUCAAGCUUAUAUUUUCACGGGCGGCCAACCUGAUCCGUGAGUCGGUCGAGGCGGAGGGUGUCGUCUUCCUGGGCGCGAACAGCCAACGGUUCGGGAGCGUAGUCGACCGCACGAGUCGUCAGGUGUCUGGGAUUGAGGAUGGCGAUUCGACCUCAAGCGGGGACGAGAGUACUGACGUGGCCUCUGCGGUAUCGGAGUCUAAGAAUGACGGGGAUGGCAGCGCUUUCACCUUGGGGUAUGCCACCUCGCGAACCUCGAGUAUCAAUGAUGAGUCCGCCGUUGGUCGCGAAGGGACGGUGCCGGAGCUCCUUCUUACGCGCCUGCUGCGACGCUACCCCCAUGGAAAGAUUUUUACAUACAACGCCGAUGGUUCCGUUUCCGAUGACAGCGACGAUACAUCUAGGCAGGCGUCGGGAUCGGACGCGUCGGAGAUUGCAUCCUCGACCGGCUCUGCUUCCCAGAAGCGAUCCCUGACUAGCAAGAAGCGACCCCGGUCUAAAUUUCGACAAGACGCCGAGAGUCUAAUUCGAAUGUUUCCCGACGCCAGGCAUAUAUUGCUCGCACCGGUUUGGGACUUCGAUAGAACCCGAUGCUUUGCGGGGUCUUUGAUAUGGACGAAUACUCCGGCCCGUGUUUUCUCGGCUGAGAAUGAGCUUGUUUACGUUUCGUCUUUCGCUAAUAACAUCAUGGCGGAGAUCCGUCGUCUCGACGUGGAAAUGGCGGAGAAGGCGGAAACCAACUUGGUCAGCAGCAUCUCCCACGAGCUUCGAAAUCCCCUGCAUGGAAUCCUGGGCACGGCGGAUAUCCUCAGUGAUACGGCCAUGAACGCUUUGCAACACGGCAUGGUGCAUACUAUCGAAUCAUGCGGUCGCACAUUGCUCGACACCAUCAAUAACCUGCUCGACUUAACCUUCAUCAACAAAUUCCAAGCGAAAGCGAUUGGCCCUGGGAAAAACGAACCAGCCGGUUCUACAGAUCACCAAAUGACCAAGUCUAACGACGCCGAUAAGUUCCGCUCAUACUCGCGGGUGAAUCUGGAUUCUGUCCUCGAGGAGGUGGCCGAAUGUGUGUUUGCGGGGUAUAGCUUCUAUCAUCACCCCCAACAACCCCCACCGGCGUUGGUCGAUUCGUCGUCUCGAACAACCAGUAGGAGGAAGGGCUCAAAACCGCUUGGAAAUCAAAUCCAGGAGGUGACUGUGAUAUUUGACAUCCAGUACGACGCAAAUUGGGAGUUCUUCACCCACGCGGGUGCGUGGCGUCGGAUUUUAAUGAACGUGCUUGGGAACGCUUUGAAAUACACCAGUUCUGGCUACAUAUAUCUGGGGUUGAAAUCGUCCUCUAAAGAUCUACCUAGCAGUGCUACGAACUCUGAUUCAGGCACGCCAGCGGAACAGCUUGAUCAGGAUGAUGUGGUUCUCACGGUCAAAGAUACUGGCAAAGGCAUCAGCCCCGAGUAUCUGCAAAAUGAUCUCUUCCGGCCUUUCUCGCAAGAAAACCCCCUUGCGGCCGGGAGCGGGCUAGGUUUGAGUAUUGUUCGACAGGCUGUUGGGUCGAUUGGGGGCUCUAUAGACAUCGUUUCCGCUAGGGGAGAAGGGACGGAAAUGACCAUCCGAACGGCGCUCCGGCGCUACCCUGUCUCCGACUCCCCUGGGAGUUCCCUUGAGACCUCCCCCGAGAUGUCGGCAUUCAACGCGCUUCGUCGGGAAACGGCGGGCAAGUCUAUUGGGAUAUUAGGGUUUGGCGCCUCCCUUUCCUCUCAGCGCGACAUCACUUUGUACGAGUCCCUUGAGCGGAUGUGUCAGGGGUGGUUUGGCUUGAACGUCACCUCGGUGUCUCCGGUCGGCGAUGAAGUUGCUUCGUUUGACUUUUAUCUGGCCGUGCAAACCGAGCUGGACAGCGAGGACCCCAAGGGAAGAGACCUGUUCAGCCUCGCUGAACACAGCGGUGGUGGCGUGGGCCACGAAUCCCCUGUGGUGGUGAUCUGCCAAUAUCCCGAAGUAGCGCACAAUAUGUUCGUGGCUGCCAAAGUUCGCGAGCAAACCGGCAUCUUCGAGUUUAUCAGCCAGCCGUGCGGCCCUCGGAAAUUGGCUCGAGCCCUCAGUCUCUGUAUCAAACGCCGCACAGGACAAAUCGGGGAGACAAAUCCUGGCGAACAUACUCGCUGGGUUGAGAUGCCAGAAUCCUCCCGUCUGCCAUUAGACGUUAGCGCCGCGGAUGCGCCGAGCAAAAGAUUGCCGAUUCAUAAACGGCCGACCAUGGACACGAUGGGGACCCCCAGCCCGCAGUCCACGGGUGCCACAGUUACUUCCAUGGGUGAAUCUCAUCAACAAUGUCUGGUGCCUUCGUCCUCUGUGGAGCCCGCUCAGCGGAAAGAAAGUGACGGGCGAGCGGCACUCUUGGUGGACGAUAACGACCUUAACCUGCAAUUACUCACAGCCUACACCAAGAAAGAAAGUUAUGAGUAUAUGACAGCCCAGGAUGGGCAAGAAGCCGUGGAUACGUACAAGGCGCAUCCUGGAAAUUUCCGCGUUGUUCUGCUAGAUAUCUCCAUGCCAAUCAUGAAUGGUUUCGAAGCAGCCCGAGAGAUGCGCCGAUUCGAUCGUGAACGCCUCGAGCAGAUGCCCGAGUCAGAACGCCAGUCGGUUCGACGCACCGUUAUCGCAGGUUUGACCGGUCUAGACGGUCCAGCUGCUCGGAAGGAAGCUGCCAGCGCUGGGAUCGACACGUUCCUCGUGAAACCGGUCAAAAGGCCGGAUGUGCGCGCGAUAUUGCGGCGAAUUGACGAAUAAGACAUGAUAGCCCUUACGUUGACAAGAGAUGGUCACAGGCUUGACAGCACUAUUGUCUUUCACCUGAACUAGACACGAAGAAACGAACACUAUUUGCCCAAUUCAUUAACUUGUAAGUUUGUCAUGUGGUUUGGAGACUCCAGCAAUGAGACCUGUAACUACUUCACCAAGCGCAUGCAAUCUCCCCAACGGCCAAUCAUACCUCAU